CUACUUCCUGUCUUCAGUUCUGUAACUGAUCGUCGUGGGUGAAGAUGCGUUGGUUGCCUCUCUCGGUGAUAAUAAUAUGGGCCUGUACUCUUUACAGCGCCUCUGCGGAUAUCAAUGGCGUAAAGAAGAUGAAGAUGCAUUUUGCCGCCGGUCCACUUCUUAAAUUCCAGAUUUGUAUCUCCUGAGGGUACAAGCGGGUGUUUGAGGAGUACACGCAGGUUUUGUACCAGCGGUACCCAGACAUCCGCAUAGAAGGAGAGAACUACCUUCCAAUGCCUCUCUACAGGCACUUUGCUUCCUUUCUGUCUAUGUUUAAGCUGGUGUUAAUCGGAGUGGUCAUUUUGGGGAAGGAUCCAUUUGCUCUAUUUGGCAUGCAGGCUCCAGGCAUCUGGGUUUGGAGUCAGGAGAAUAAGAUAUAUGCCUGUAUGAUGGUGUUCUUCUUCAGCAAUAUGAUUGAAAAUCAGUGUAUGUCUACGGGUGCUUUUGAAAUCACGCUCAAUGAUGUUCCAGUUUGGUCCAAGCUGGAGUCCGGGCACCUGCCUUCCAUGCAGCAACUAGUUCAAAUCCUGGAGAAUGAGAUGAAGAUGAACGUCCACAUGGACACACUUCCACACCCUCGUUUGUAACCUUGCCUCUGAUUCACUGCAUGGAGCCUAGGACCCCUCCACUUUUGUGGUGAAGCUCUCCUACGGUUGUGAGGUGACGUUUAUGACGGUUUGCGCUGAAAGUAGAUCCUCUGCUAGCGCACACCCGAUGCUCCGCGUCGUCCUCAUCGAGCCUCUCGGAGAUGCACCUCCUACAGACGCUGGUGCGGGAUUCAUGGCAACAACAGUGGCCAUAUAGAUAUGACUAGCCCAUCUCUUGUGCAAUAACUAUUUGGUUCAGGAUAUAUGCUCACAAGGAAUAUGUAAUAAAUAUUUUCUAUUUGAGUUCAGUUAGCUCAGUCAACUAAAUUUACUAUGGCAUAUUUUCCUUUCUUUUGAUUCUACUGUAUAGCUAAACCCUGGUCUUUGUUUUAUGUAAUUAAUAAAUAGAUAUGAGAAGCUAACUUAUACACCCAUCCCUCAUCAUGAUAAUUUAACUUUUAAGUGACAUUAAUUAUAUUUCUGAGCCCUGGUUUUUUUAUAUUGCUUUGUAUAGCUUAAAAUGUUUAGAAAAUUGAAAAUAAAAUGGAAUUAACAGAA